AUGGGUCGAAAAAAAACAAAGAAAGACGCCGAAAUAGAGGCCGGUCCGAACGGCCCAAAAGAUCCCCGAGUUGGAGAAAAGUACCAGAUAGCGCUUCCUGAUUAUGUCGACUUGAGUGCCAUUGAUGAUGCGGUAGACGAAAGUGAAGUAAUGUGGAAGCCAACUGAUCUCGUAGAUGAUGACGAAGAAGACUUGGCUCACUUCAUCGAGUACGCCAGAGCGAAGGACUAUCAAGAAGAUGAUGCGCUCACUCUGCUGCGCCAUUUGAACAUGGACAUGCGAAGGGCAUAUCUAUACAUUGACAACCCUGAGGACGACUGGACGCAGGAGGAGAGCAACCUGUUCCACGAGGCCUUUCCUGGAGUUGGAAAAAAGUUUAGGGAGCUGAGCCGUCUUUUCGAGGGCAAAACUACUGCUGACGUCGUGUUCUUCUACUAUUAUGAUAAAAGAGACAAGAAAGAGCUUUCUCGUCAGAAGAAAGAUAAGAAGAGAAAAAUGGAAAGACGACUUCGUCGAAGAAGAAAACUCAAGCGGAUAAGGAAGGAUACCACUUCCGAAGAGGAAGAUAAUCAAGAAUUGGAAGAGCAGGAAGAGCAAACAGUGCGCACGACUGAGGCGGCUACUACUUAUUCCGCUGGCCCAGCACUCGCCGAGGGAGACCUUGCUGAAGGUGCCAACCCAAUGGAGGGAGAUGUCAAUUUCGAAGAGGGCAACGAAAGACAAGCAGAAGUUACGAAGGAGAAUAGCUCCGAAGAAAACAUCGCGGAAGGAAACGGCGAAUUGACGAGAAAAGAAGAAGCCGCCGAGGGAGACAUUGCUGAAGGUGCCAAGUUGGAGGGAGUUGUCAAUUUCGAAGAAAACAACGAAAGACAGGCAGAAGUUACAAAGGACAAGAGCUCCCAAGAAAAUACCGUGGAAGGGGACGGCGAAGUUCCGGGAAAAGAAGAAGAAGCUAAAAAACUCCUCCCGGAAGAGGACACCUCUUCGGAGACAGUAGAAAUUAUCUAUCAACAGGAAGAAGAUCUGAUGGAUGUUCAAGUGACGAACGAGGCCUGGGCCGUGUCAACUUUGUUUAACCAGGAAAUGUUCCAGGAGAACAUCCAGGAGAACUUCCAGGAAAACUUCCAAGAAAACUUCCAGGAGAACUUCCAGGAAAACUUCCAGGAGAACUUCCAGGAGAAUUUCCAGGAGAACUUCCAAGAGAACUUCCAGGGGUACUUCCAGGGGUACUUCCAGGAUACUAUCCCAGAAGAUUAUCCAAUAAUGAACGAAGAACCAUGGGACGACGAACCGACAGCUGUAAUUUGGGACGAGGACGAUAUUGAAUUGUUGCGAGAGGGAUUGGCCCAAUAUGGUUUGGACUGGGAGAAGAUCGCAGAACUUAUCAGGAGCAAAACGGCAUCAGAAGCGGAACAAUUCUUUGAAGAUAAUUGUAUAGAUGAUGUUUACAAGUUCAAUGAUGCCUAUUCGGUGUAUUUGAACAGAAAAUACGGUCCUGGAAACUCGUGGAUUACUCCGAUAAUCAUUAAUCUUCUUUCUAAUCUUCCUUGCGCUCCCAGUCCUGGAAUUACCAUAGACUUCGAGCUUGACGAUGAAAUCGCAGAACAUUUGCCCGUCAGCUUUCUUUUGACCACGUCAUACCUCGACCGCAAGGAGAAUGACGAUAUCAUGGAGGACAGCCACCCCCCAAUUUCCGAAAGCUUAGUGUACGAUGCAGACGAGUCGUCCGCAGACGAGUCGUCCGCAGACGACGACGAAAGCGAUAGUUAA